AUGUCCGCUGCUGGGUCCCGUGAAGAGAUGCUGGAGGCUCUGCAGCAAGUGCGACAGGCAAUGGCCCGCCGUGUACCCGAAGCCACUCCAAACAGUAAUAAUAAUAAUAAUAAUAACAGUAAUAUCAACAGUACUGGAUUGCAGAUAUAUGAAGGAGAAGAAUCCACACCGCGUCCACGGCCGCAGGUCCACUCUGAAGCAAAAGACAAUCGCAGUCAUUUCUUUGAUACGUGGAGCCGAAAGAUUGAAAUGUUCGUUGCCGAUCCAACAAAAACAACACUGGAGCUUCCACAAGAGUUGGCCGCUAACGAUCGCCGUGAAUUACACAUGUUAGCAGAGAAAUACAAUCUCAGUCAUCAUUCCCGUGGUACGGGGGCGACACGUCAACUCAUAUUGAAGAAAGAUGCCCUCCACUAUCGAAUGCCGGAUGUGCGGCCGGACAAUUUGGAUGCGAUUAAGCAAAACGCUGGUGAUAAACAAUCCAAAUUUCAUCUCCGCCGCACACGGCAGGAUGGAGAUGCGGCUAUUGGUACGAUUGGUGCCUUUGGAGAUGAGGCGACGGCACAAAUGGUGCGUAGACUUGACCGGGCCACCGAUGAGUACCGCAAGGCUGUGGAAGUUGGAUAUUCACAACAGGAACUUCUCGCUUUAGAGGCCGGAGAGACUUUGGAGUCUGUGCUGCGCAGUGCGGACACACCACAGCAGCCAGAGGCAGCCUCUGAGGGCAUUGCGGGGAAUGUGAAUAACUAUCAUGCGGGAUUCGCCACUUCCACACUUCACAAUACGGCGGAUAAUAAUAAUAAUAAUAAUAAUAAUAAUAAUAAUAAUAAUAAUAAUAAUAGUGUCUCUACAGGAGAGAAGAAAAAUGUGGUGUAUGAUGAAGUGUGUCUACGCUGUGGUUCACGGGCACGUGUGGAUUACGAUGUGCAGAAGUGGGAAUGUAAUGGGUACUGUGGGGAGUGUGCCACUCAAACAAUUUGGAAACUUGUAGAGGUGGAAGUUCAGAAGAGUCGUCCAGAGGAAUUAAUUCUUUCACCGGCGAAUGCGGGUCGUAAAAGAAGUCGACAGGAGUCUGGAAUAGAGGAACCAAUGUUAAUAUCACCAGCACAGCGACAACAACAGGAACAGCGGGAGGAGAUUGAUAAAGAUAAUGAUGAGGAUGAUACCAUCACAGUGGAAGAUGUGGUGGAUAUGGCUAAUAUGAAUGAUUUCUCUGCUGCAGAUGUAAAUUGGAUUCGACGUUUCGCAUCCCAUCAUCAACCACAAGAAAGCAAAAGUGUUUUAAGUAAACAUAUUGUAUUCUGUAUUGAGUUUAAUGAUCUAUUCAGUAUGCGUAUCUUUCGUGAUUACCUUACAAACAAAGAAAAUACACCUAGUGCCCUUGAACAGAAGGAACAAACUGCAUGGUUUGUAUAUCUUCGUGAAGUAAAAGAUGCCGGUGUACAUCUUUCUACACUUCUGGAGGAGUUAACUGCCUGUAUUCCUGAAGGAUAUGAUCGUUUGUCUGUGGCCUUUCCUAAUAUGUCUGUAUACGGCACAGCAGCGAGUUGUGUUUGUCUUGUUUAUUCUCCUACAGUAGAGGGGAGUUGCUUGGAAACAUUACAGAGAAAGUAUGGUCGUGAUAAUGUACGUUUCUCACGUGAUUUGGUUACGGUGUUAGAAAACAACAGGAAUUCAGCAUAG